AUCUUGACGUAGGUUUCAAAAUAAUAGUGAAGUUAUUCUGUUUUGCUUUUGCGUAAACGCAGGAGAGGUUACACAUUUUAAGAGCUCGUUUUCCAACGUCUCGACACCGUUAGCUGAUGUUCAUAAACAUUUUUGUUUAACUAAGAACAUUUAAGAACUAAACACUUCUUUUUUUCAAAGUUUUCAUUUCAAUUUUGUAUGAGACAAGUCACCUUACAAGAUGAAUCAUCCACCCAGUGCAACAGUACGAAAAUCGAGAGGAGCAAGACAAAAGGCGGUCGAUCAAGUUACCAGGAAAUUCCUGCACAAUUUUGAUCCUGAGCAGAGCGAGCGAGAGAAGCGAAAAUUAAAUCGUCGCCUAAACCACGGGAACAAAAAGUCAGCUCUGUAUGACGAGAAAGGCCUUUACAUUCCCACCAGAGACGAUUUGUGCGAUUGCUUGCAAAAAUCUUGCUUCGGCUGUCAUUUUCCAUGUCCAAAAUGUUAUUCUACAAAAUGUGGCCAUGAAUGCAGGAACAAUCGCAAGUGGAUGUACGACACCAUCGAGAACGAAGGUAGUGACAAUGGUGUAAAGAAUCCUUACACCACCUCCAACUGAUGUUAUCUUUUGUAAUAUUUAGAUUUAUUAUUUUCAUACUCUCACUGGGCAUGUAAUGUACAUUU